AAUGGCGUUCACUCGGGGCAAGGCGAGGAGCAAGGCGGCAAGGAGAGGCAGAAAAACGGGAAGUCCAACAGCACUCUCGGGAGGAGGAGAAGGGAGCAGGCAGGGGCAAGCGAGGGAACGGCAUGUCGCACCAUAGACCGGCGGCGUUGUCGUCGCGGAGCAGUCAGCGGUCGUCGUCGAGAAGGAGCAGCGGAGCGAGGCAAGGAGGUGCGAGAGGAAGUCGGCCAAGUCGGAGGAGCUCACGAAGGAGUGUCAUGGCUGAAGACGAUGGAGUCGACCCUGGAUCAAGGUCGCACUUUCCCUCAAGGGUCUCCUCGCAGUACUCGUUGGCGUCAUCGACGAGCUCGAAGCGGCUGUCGUGGGCGCCUGAUCCGAGGGCCACCGAGUACUAUGACGAUCAGGGGUAUGAUCACCAGUACAAAGGCCGAGACGGCCGCGGCGCUGCUGCUGCGGCUGGCUUGGCUGACCACCACGGCGGGGCCGGGAGGCAGGCAGAGUCGGCGACGGGCGAACGGUCGUCGCGGCUGGAUGAGUACCGUCGCCGGCGGGAGGCCCGGUCGGAGCGGCUCUCGCGAGUCACGUCGUCACGGCGAUCGGUCGGCUCGUCGACGCCGACGCCGACACCCAAGCCGUCGUCACCGCCGGCGGGGCUCGACCGCUACAGCGAGGCGCACGAUAGCGUGGGGAGCUUGGCGAGCAGCAGUUACGCGCGGCGAGUAGGUGGCGGCGGGGGUUUGGCGGCGGAGUUGGAUUCGAACAACGAGGCAUACGACAACGUCGGGAGCCUAACAAGCGGCGGAUUCAGCAGCCCGGGACUGCCGGCGUCGGGCCCACGACGGAGCUCGCGGACAGGAAACUCGCUGGUGUCGCGGGCGUCGUGGCGGUCGACGUCGUCGUCGGCAGCACCGUCUGAGCGGUCGGUCCUCACGGACCGGACGUGCAUGACGACGUCUGCGCGGGCGCGCGGCCCGCGGCAGCAGCGAGUCAAGGUCGCGGUCCGGGUCCGGCCGCUCAACGACCGCGAGCACGCGCUCGGGGCGGCGUCGUGCGUGACGAUGCUGGGGCAAGAGUGCGUGAUUACGGACCCGCACGACGAUCCGCGGCGCGGGCGCAAGACCUUUCUCUUUGACUACUGCUACGAUUCGAGCGUGACGCCGUCGGAGCCCAACUACGCCAACAACGAGACGAUUUUCAGCGAGCUGGGCAAGUUCUACCUCGACAACGCAUGGGCCGGGUACAACGCCUCGAUCUUUGCGUACGGGCAGACCGGCGCCGGCAAGACGCACACCAUGACGGGCACAGUGUCGGCGCCAGGCAUCAUCCCACUGGGCAUGCAGGAGCUGUUUGCGCGGGUGCGGGCGGCCAACGCGCUGCAGGCGCAGCGGGCAUCGGCGCCGGGCGUUGAGCUCGGCGAGUCCGUCUCGUACGUCAUCGAGACCUCAUUUCUGGAGAUCUACAAUGACGCCAUCACCGAUUUGCUCAAUCCGCAGUCAGAAGAGGAGCUCAAGGUCCGCGAGUCGGCGACGAUGGGCAUCUUUGUGCAGGGCCUCUCCAAGGUGCUUGUCUCGUCUUACGCCGACAUUCACAAGUGCAUGACCGAGGGCAACAAGAUCCGUGCAGUGGCGGCGACGGCCAUGAACAAGACCUCGUCGCGGUCGCACUCGGUCCUCACCGUCUUUGUCACCCGCAUUGUGCACGAGGCCGGCGGCGAUGACGAGUCGGCGCGCGGGUCGGGCGAGGCCGACGAGUCGGGCAGCGGCUCGUCGGAGACCCGGGUCACCUCCAAAAUCAACCUGGUCGACCUCGCCGGCUCGGAGCGACAGUCGAACACGCAGGCCGAGGGCCUCCGCUUCAAGGAGGCUGUCCACAUCAACAAGUCGCUCUCGGCGUUAGGCGCCGUUAUCAACGCACUCUCGUCGCACAAGAAGUUUGUCCCAUACCGCGAGUCGGUCCUCACGCGACUGCUUCAAGAGUCGCUCGGCGGCAACUCGCGGACGGUCAUGCUCGCCGCCAUCUCGCCGGCGUCGUCCAAUUUUAAGGAGUCGAUCUCGACGCUCCGCUUUGCGCAGCGGGCCAAGUCGGUCAUCAACAUUGUCCGCAAGAACGUCUCACCCAAGGACGAGCUCAUCGCCAACCUACGGGCCGAGAUCUCGCGGCUGGAGACCGAGCUCGGCGAGCGGCGGCGCGGCGGGCGCGAACGCGGUGGGCCGCCGCCGGCAGCGUCGUCGGGCAUGGCGAGCGGCGCGUCCGGCUCCGACAACCGCCGAAUGCAGCGGCGGUCGUCGGUUGUCUCGACAGUCACCUUUAACGACUUUGCACUCGACGACGACGAGAUGUCGGUCCUGCUCGGCAACCUGGAACUGAACCAGGAGGUCUUGCUGGAGCUCAACGAGCCGAUCUCGGCCAAGGCGGCCAAAGCCGAGCGCAUCGAGGCGCUGCGGCACGACGUACUGGAGAACGCCGGCAUCUCACUUGGUGGGCUCGACUCGAUGCUCGACAUCGACAACAAGCCGCGGCUGGUCAACCUUUCGGUCGACCCGUCGCUCGACGCCAACCUCCUGUUUGUCGUCGAGGACGGCGAGACCGUGGUCGGGCAAGCCUACGGCUCGACCAUUGUGCUCAAGGGCGACGGCAUUGACUCGCGGCACUGCACCUUUCGCAACAAGAACGGCGUCGUUAGCCUCAUUAAUGAGCCCGGCUCGGCGACGUACGUCAACGGCAUCAUGGUCGACUUUGACAAGACCGUGACGCUUGCCUCGGGCGACCGCAUCUUCCUCGGCAAGAACUACCUGUUCCGCUUCCUCGACCCGCGCGCCGAGCCCGUCGAGGCCAUCACAUGGGAAGACGCGGUCGAGGAGAUCUCCGCCAUUCACAACCUCGAGGCGUCAAUGACCAAGGCUGCCGCAAUCAUCGUCACCAUCCACUCGGGCCAUAACCUGGUCAAGCGCGACCGGUUCGGCAAGUCUGACCCGUUCUGCGUCGUCCGCCUCGGCGACUACGUCGCUCAGACCAAGGUCAUCAAAAAGUCGCUCGAGCCGGUGUGGGAGUUCCAGGUCUGCUGGCCGGGCCCGUUCCUCAACCCGGACUCGUGCAUCCAGAUCGUCGUCUGGGACUGGGACCGCUUCUCGUCCAACGACUACAUGGGCGAGCUCGACAUCAGCCUCGCCUCCAUCCCUGCGGCCACCGGCGGCUACCUGGCUCAUUUUGUGGGCCACUCGCUGAACAAGGUUAUCCACGCGGAUUUGCCUUUGGCCGUCGCAGGCUUUUUCUCGCCGGAGACGGUGGCAGCCAUGGCUCGCGAUCUCCGCCAGUUCCCGCCGCCGCUGGCCUCGUUUGGAUCGGCUGUGAGUCUGGCGACGGGAUCGCCUGUCCGGCUCGCGCCGCAGAGAAGAGUCCGCGCCUUGUUCACCUGUCCGGCAGACUACGACGGCGAGCUGAGCUUGGUUGCCGGCCAAGUCAUCAAUGUCACCGGUGAUCUUGGCCUCUGGCUCCGUGGCGUCGACGUCAACGGCGCCGAGGGCAUCUUUCCGGCAAACUAUGUGGAGGACGUCGAGGUCCUGAGCCCGAUGACCGACAGCCGAUGUGACGCCACCGCCGAGGACGAGGGCGAGGGCGACGCCACGGCUGCUUCAGAGACCCAGCCUCCACAGAGUGCGCCGCCGCCGCGUCGGCGCUCGUCGGUGUCCCGGCGGCGAGCCUCAGUCUCUGAGCCGGUGGCUGUUGGCCGGCGAGACAGCAGCGCAGAUCGUGCGGCGCAUCCAGCAGCGCGCGAGCUGUAUCCGGCAUCACCGGCCAUGCGGCCACCGCCUGCACGACCAGUCAAGCGCGAAGCCAUUCAGCUUGACGCGUCGUCGAGCUCUGGAUCUGGCUCUGGCUCUAGCUCUGGAUCUGGCUCGAGCUCGAGCUCUGGAUCAAGCUCAGGCUCUGGAUCAAGCUCUGGCUCUGGAUCCGCUGCGCCACCACCACCCAUCCCGACCGGGCCACCACCCAAGCCGCGGGUCGACGGCGAGCAGAGCCAGCUGGAGGAUGCUGUGGAGGAACUGGUGGCGGCUAGCGAGACCAAUACAGGGGCGCGGUCUGUCCUGAGUGCGCUGACGGAUGUGGUGGCGAGGUCGUCAGCGGUCCAUGCCUCGCUGCUCACGCUCUUGUGUCAGCUGAUCUUUGCCGGUAUGGACGCUGCGCCUGAGGAUGGACUGCUGGCUGAGGCUGCGGCAAGACUUCUGGCUCAUGUCAAGGCUCAUCUGACAACAUCGCCUGAUCUCCCGCCUCAGGCGGUCCAGCUGCUGGAUCUGGCCUGUGUGGCUGUUCAGGGCGAGCUAGACGGCCUUGCCCGCGAGGUGCGGCGAUCGAAGCGGUUGGCAAGGGAAGAGACACACGCUGCGCAUAUGAGUCUGCUGGCUGCGUCUGCGCCGGCUCGGGGCUUGUCGCUGGAGCAGCUGGAGGCGUCGGCAGACGACACACUCGACGCCUAUCGUGCUCUGGUCACCGAGCAGCGCGGCGUCAUCGAGGGCCUGGAGAUGCAUCUGCAUGCUCUCCGCAAUGCAUCGACCUCGCUCGAUCACGCGGCCUCGGGCGGCCCCCACACGUCGGGCCUUGUUCUCGAGGACCUCAUGUACGAGAACGAAGAGCUCCGCCGACAGAACAUGCACAUCCGUGAGAUGUGGCUGGCAGACAUCGAGGAGGCUGCCGCCCAGGGGGUUCAGCUGCAAGUGCCCGGUGACGUUGCCCGCAUGCGGACGGCCUCUGCCGCAGAGCUCGCUGCCGCCAAGCGCCGAGUCCUCGCCGGACGCUCGGCGUCGCCCUCGCCGGCGCCCAUCCCGCUCGCUGCGCAGCAUGUCGAGGCCCAGCUGGCCGAAGCCCAGUCCGAGAUCGACUCGCUUCAUGCCCAGCUGCGCAAGCUAGAGUCUGGCGCCGCCGUCGACCUCCGCGCCGAGAACAAGGCACUUGCCGACCAGCUCCAGGCGGCGGCGGCGGCGGCGGCAGCGGCCGAAGCACACUCGGCCGUCCUCCAUGCCGAGAACGAGGCGCUUGCCGAACAGCUCGCCGCCGUUCGCGAGCAUCCGGCAUCGGCAGCGGCACUGAGCUCGGUCGAGGCCGCCACAUCGACCGCCUCACUCCGCGCACAAAUCAUUACGCUCGAGGACCAUGCCGCCGAGCUCCGCGCUGCGCACGCCGCCGAGCUCGACGCGCUGCGUGAGCAGCUGGCGGUUGUCAAGACCUCGCGCGACGCCGCAGUUGCCGACGUCGCCGCCGCGCGUAGCCAGGCGACGGCAGCCGAGGCCCGACUCACAGCUGCGCGGCGCGAGCGGAGCGACGAGCUUGAUGCGCUCCGCGAGCAACUCACCGCUGCCUACGCCUCGCGCGAUGCUGCCCAUGCCGAGCUCACAGUUGCGCGCGCCCACGCCGACGCCCAUGUCAACGCCGCGUCCCGGGCGGCCUCGCUCCGCAGCGAAGUCGAUGUUCUCAACCAGAGUCGUGACACCGCCCGCGCCGCCGCGCUCCACGAGCAACUUGUGGUUGUUCAGCAGAGCCGCGAUGCCGCGCUCGCCGAGGCCGCUUCCGCCCGCAGCCAGGUCGCUGCCGUCGAGGACCAGAUGGCGAGCCUUCGCGCGUCGCGAACCGUUGAGCUCGACGCGCUCCGCGAGCAGGUUGCCGUCGCGCAGCAGAGCCGCGACGCCGCCCGCGCCGAGGCCGCGUCAGCUGCUGCCCAGGUCACCGCCCUUGAAGACCACAUCGGCAAGCUCCACGCCGCCCGCUCCGACGAGCUCGACGCACUCCGGGAGCAGCUGGACGUUGUCAAGGCCUCGCGCGACGCAGCACUCGCUGAUGCCGCCAACGCCCGCGCUGCCCCCAGGUCACCGGCCCAGGCGCUCGCUACCGCCGCCGAGCUGGAAGCACUCCGCGAAGAGCUUGCGGCUGCCAAGCGCGAGGCGCGGGUUGCAGCCCAAUCGCCGACAGCGUCGCCACCUCGGCAGGUCACGCCUCCGGCGGCGAUACCCGAACUCGCGCUCAUGGCCGCUGAAAACGCUGCACUGGAGCAGCACAUUGCGACGCUGCGCGAGACUAUUGCCGAGCUGCGGAGCCAGGUUGCAGCGGCUGACCGGGCUAGCCGCGCUGGCGCUGAUGCCGACCUGGCAGCUCUGCAGCAGACCAUCGACUCGCUGCAAAAGCAGGUGGCAAUCGUCACCCGCAGCCGCGACGAAGCCGAAGCCAAACUAGAGGCACUGCAGGCAGCGCAGCCAUUGUCGAAGAGCGGAGGCGAGAGCGAGUCGCCGUCAGCAGUGGCACCUGCGCAAGACCUCGGCCCGACCGUCACCGCGCUCACCGAGGAGCUGAGCAAGGCCCGUGCGGCAAGCGCUUCCGAUGCCGACCGCAUCGCCGGCCUCGAGUCGGAGCUCCGCGAGCAGCGCAAUCUGAUUGAGCUACUCCAAGCCGACCGCAGUCUAAGCGAGUCUGCGCUGGCACAGGCGAGCGCGCGAGCGGCGAGCAGCCCCAGUGCCGACGAAAAUGCGGCGCCGGGUCGCGUAGCUCAGCUGGAGCGCGAGCGAGACGACGCCCGUGCGCUGGCGGCCAAGCUGCAGCGCGAGCUGGAGACCGCAGCGGCCGACGCCGAGGCGGCCGAGGGAGAUGAGGACGGUAGUGUUACCUGCAACGGCUGUGAGGCCAAGGAGCUACAGAUUGCAGCGCUGGAGAAGACGAUUGCCCGGCUCAACGCGCAACUGGCACGUCUCGAGGCAAGCAUCGGCGAUGACGACGGCAGCGGCGGCGGGCACGACACGCCAUCGCGUGUCCGCGAGCUCGAAGAGGCGCUCGAGGCGAGCCGGGCCGAACUGGCACGAGUCGCUACCGACCACAACGCCAAGCAGCGCGAGCUGCUGGACGCCGUGGCGCGACUCAAGGCCGCGGCUACCAGCCGGCAGGCCAACUGUCGACGACGCGAUGCACUCGGUCGACGCGCUCAAGACCGGGGUGCAGACCCGCGAGGGACUGGCGGCGCAGCGGCAGGCGCUGGCUAG